AUGGCGGGUCAUGAAGAGGGCAUGAAAGAGGCACCACGCACUAUACCAGUCCAGCAAGACUUCCUCUUUGUUGAUGCGGCGCAGGCAAAGACCUCACGCCAGGGUCGCAAGAAUGCUCGAUCAUUCGUCAUGCAAAAAGCGCGAAGAGAGCGUCCCUGGUCCACUAGCAAGCAUGCCGCGAAAAGGGCAACUUCUGGGAGUACAAGUAGAAGUCCAAGAAGCGCGGGGACCCGGGCUUCAUCACUCACUCCAAGUUCGACCAUUCCCAGUCCAUCCCUCACAUCUGUCCAGGCCGAUUACUUUGCUUCUCAGGAGCAUACCUUGAUGCGAGCGAUUGUGUGUCCAGAAUGUCAGAUCUUCUUGUGUCGCCCUGGUCAGGGUAUGUGUCCGAGGUGCCUUUUCCUGAAGCCGAUGUCUGCUUUAGAAGGCGUCGACAAUAGCUUGUUCGACCCCUUUGGAACCUCUUCUGUCGAAACGAAUGCUAGUGUAUCGGAACUGUUGGAGCAUUUCGCUUCCGAGAUGGCUCCCAGCGUCAUUGCUGUGGACUUUAGACGCCGCUCCACGCUGAUGAGAUCGCAAUGGUUUGGCACAGCAGUCAACGACACUGGUUUCAUGCACAGCUUACUUUGUACCGCGGCAUUACAUCUCUACAUGGUUGGAAGAGGUUCGAUCGAAACCAUCUUGUACCAUCGGGCAAAAGCCAUAUCUGCCAUCAAUGCAGCCAUCUCAAAUUUGAACGACAACACCGGAUUGUCGGAUGCGAACAUCGGCGCAGUCUUCAACUUGCUUACCAUAGAAGAAAGCUUGCAGGUACCGGUCUUCACCCAAGAACGACUCGACGAGGAACAGCCAAACCAACGUGCAAUACACGAGAGCGGGCUGAAGAAAAUGGUGCAACUGCGGGGAGGACUGAUGGCAAUGAGUUCAAAUCGCAUUCUUCAAGCUUUUAUGUUAUGGCAUUCGACCGCGUGGGCCGUCGCGGAAUUUAGAGCGCCAGAUCCGUCAGCACUCGAAUACAUCAAGACGGGAAACUUUCCUCGCCAUCCCCCGGGCUAUCAGAGUAGCAUCUCACAGCACUUGUUGGACUCGUGCCGCUAUGCAGGAGUGAAAGAGACCUUGACUAGCUUGGUCGAAGGAGUACUAAUCCUGAUUGCCGACUUGAACGUAUGGUUCAACGAUGCGAGUAGUACUCUUGACCCGCUUGACAUUCAGAACUAUUCAUGUGUGCUAGAGUGCAGGGCGCUUGACUGGCUGCACGAGAAUGAGCAUCUCAUCACUCCGCUUGAAGAUGCGUUAUGCGUCGCACUCCUCAUCUUCACAGUGCGCACCACUGAAGCGCUGCAACGGAAAGCCGAUAUCCAUCUUCUACACUUCGCAGCAAGCAAGCGCCUCGAACAAGCACUGAAUUGCACUAUCCGUCACGACUGGCAACACUGCCCCGACCUCCUCCUGUGGAUUCUAUCAAUCGGCGCGAUAUCCGCGAACGGCUCAGCGGAAAGCAAUUGGUUCGUCUACCAGACCUCUCUCGCAUGCUUAGAACUUGGCAUCGUUUCAGCGGAAGCACUCCUCGCGCGACUGGAUCUCUGUGGCUGGGUCAGCUACAAGCUGAAUGCCGCAGUACACGAUCUCUGGGAUCGGAUUAUUCAACUCAGGCUCGAGCCGCAAUUCGACCCACCGACCAAAAUCGAAGACGCUAACAGCCCUGUUGGGCCGCUUCAGCGGCACGUCGCUGAGCCGUAUCUUGAGGAGUGGAAGCACGUCGAUUGGCCAUCGUUCAAUCUCGGCGAGGAAUCUUCUGGUGUGUAUGAGCACGGAUAUUCCGGGCAUGGAGAGAGUGGAGCUAUGGAUUAUUCUGGGGCAUACAAUGAUGCCCUCUUCAGAGUAGCAGACGAGGAUGAAACCAAUGUAAGGCCAGAGUACUACUCGGCAUAA